CAGAGCGCGAGCGAGUCUGCCCCGGCCGGAGCCGGCGGCGCGAGCAGAAAUGAGUGGCAUGGACUCCUAUAAAGUGAUGCUGGAUGGGCCAGCGCCCUGGGGAUUCAGGCUGCAGGGGGGCAAGGACUUCAACAUGCCCCUUUCCAUCUCCAGGCUGACCCCUGGUGGCAAGGCAGCCCAGGCUGGCGUGGGAGUGGGCGACUGGGUGCUGAGCAUCGAUGGGGAGAAUACCAGUAAUAUGACUCACAUCGAAGCACAGAACAAGAUCCGUGCCUGCGGAGAUCACCUUUCCCUCAGCCUGCGCAGAGUCCAGUGCCUCCUGGGGAAGCCACACAAGGUAUGUGCUGCUCUCAUCCCCGAGGCCAUAGGUGCCUUGUGCCAGGAUUCAUUCCUCUGCUCUCAGCCCCCGAAAUAUAACUUCGUUCCUAGCACCACCCUCAACAAAACAGCCCGGCCCUUCGGGGCCAGCCCUGCGCCCAACACGCUGCCUGGGCUGGUGACGAAACCGGUGACGUACACGGCCCCCGCCUGCACCCCCCAGCACAAUGGGUGCAGAACCUUGACAAGUCACCCACCAGAGGGGAAACCUCAGCCCUGUGGCGACCUGGGCCGCUCCUACGUGCAGGAUGAGCACGCUCUGUGGCUAAUGAGCCCCCCAGCAGGCCUGCCCAAUGACUCCAGCAAAAAGCGGCUGAUUGAGGAUACAGAGAACUGGCAGCCUCGCACGGGCACAACCCAGUCCCGCUCCUUCCGCAUCCUGGCCCAGCUCACGGGCACAGAGUUCAUGCAAGAUCCAGAUGAGGAGCAUGUUAGAAAAGUCAGAGAAAAGUUUGUCACUGAGCUUCAGAGCCCCCGCUACACUGGCCUGCGUGACUGGCACCACCAGCGCUCCGCCGUCUCUCUGAACGUGAAAUCCUGAGCGGGGCUUGGCCUUGUGCUGGGAGCCUGCACCUCUCAGCCCUGGGCUGCCGCGGCCACAUCACAUACCUUCACCUGGGGAGGGGCAUCUGCCUGGCUUCUAAACAUAUUCAGCUGGGAGCUCCUUGUGCCAUGCGGUCUGCUCUGCCUGGGCUAGGGAGGGGCCGCCCCUGGGCAGGAUGCGUCGUAUGGCACUAAGCAGGCUGGAAUGGAGGCUGUCAGCACCAGGGCCCUGGCCUCAGGGCCCAGGGGAGCGGAGGGACUCCACUGCUGCGUCUCCUUGCCCUGUCACACUAGGCUUACCCUAGAGCCCCAGCCCCCUGGGGUGGCUGCACUGCCCUUGCUCUGCCCAGGGUAAAACUUGGGCUAGUGGGAGCUGGGACUGCUGCCUGGAGCAUCCUCUGGACCUGUGUUCCCAGCUGCGUCCUGUUCCCAUGAGCUGCCCAGGCUGAGUGGGCUGCUGUUCCCAGAUGCCCUCUGCCUGUGUUUGUAAUGUGAGGGCCUGGCUAGCACGCCACACCUCCUCGGGGCUAUCUCCUUGCUUACCCAGACUGGAUAGGUGGGUGUUGACUGAAUGUCCAUCUGCCUGGCACAGCAGAGGACCUGAUGGGUGGCAAAGGGCUUUGGGAGCGAGCCCAGGCUGCUGGGUUCUGUGCUGUGGUGCGGGCCCCUCUGAGCCUGUUGCCUUUCCAUGAUGACCUCGCAAUGCACCCCAAAGGGCUGAUAUGAUGUGACCUGUGCUCUCAGUGGGCUGAGUGUUGGGGAGUAGGCUGGGGCUGGGCCCCGGAUCUACCCAGCACAGCUGCUCGCUGAACCCUGCUAUAGCACAAUAAAGAUUCCUGUUCUUGUAA